AUGAUGCUCAAUACUAUCUCGAGGACAAAUCCUCGUCUUUCAAGGGCACUUAUCUCCUACCACUUGUCAUCGACAAUCCGAAAUGCCUCGUUAAACUCAGCCAUUGGGCAGGGAAUUCGGAGAUCUCAGAACUUUGAGCGAGAUGAUCGUCGAGGCAACAGCUCCCCAAGACGUGAACGACAAUACGACAGAUCCAACGGUCCAAGCUCUACUAAAACCUUCCGUCCCGAUCACGCAGACCGACAAUACGGCAAACCCGAUGCGUCAAGCUCCAGGCAACCUUUUCGCAAUCGCAGCGAAUCUCAUGGGGAGCGAGACGACAGGCGGGAACGAACCUGGGGAAAACAGUCAGGUGAAUUAAGUUCAAAACCGCAUAGCCGCCGAGACGAACAAUGGCCUGGCAACGACUCUGGGCCCUUCAGACGUGACCGUCCCCAGAGACCCCAAAGGUUCCAAUACGACGAGGACGAAUUCAUUCGCUCUGGUAACUUCCGCGCGCUACCGCAAGAGCAUCAAUCACGAUUCUCACCGAGAUCCCAGGAUACUCAGUUCUCGCGGCCGGGCAGAGAAAGGCCUCGAAGAGAGGAAGAAUCGAAGGAGAAACCAUCGAAAUCCAGAGCCCAUCGGGUUACGGACAGUGUGCCUGAGCGUGUGAAAGAGAACGUCAAGGUUCCCGAUACGAUUCCUUAUACAACCCCAGCAUCGGAAUUCAUCUACGGUACCAGCGCGGUGGAAGCCGCGCUACGCUGCAGUCGCCGUCAAUUGUACAAGCUCUACGUUUACCAGGGAGCGGAGGAAGAGCUUAACGCUGCCAAGGUCACAAUCCGGAAACUGGCCUUGUCAAAGAACAUCACUGUCAAGAUGGCGUUUGCUGGAUGGGAUCGACUGAUGGAUAAGAUGAGUGCCGGGCGGCCCCACAAUGGAUGCAUUCUGGAAGCCUCACCCUUGCCCAAACUGCCCGUGCGUGGAUUCCAUGCAGUGCCAUCUAUAUCCGAGGACUAUUUCCGAGCUGAGCUUGCCCCUCAGUCUCGGGAAGAAGCCGCGGUAAACGGUACGGAUGAUCGUAUCCCGAUCCAUCACCCAUCCCCGCCCUUGCGUGAGGAUGAGCCCCAUCGCUACCCCGUUGCGUUGCUGCUAGAUGGCGUUGUGGAUCCGGGGAAUAUGGGUGCUAUCAUCCGAUCCUCGUACUUCUUGGGAAUUGAUGCUAUUGUUCUCGCUGGCCGCAACUCGGCACCUUUGUCUCCGGUCACUAUCAAGGCAUCUGCAGGUGCCGCCGAGAAUAUGCCCAUCCUCCACGUGAAGAAUGAGAUUGAUUUCAUCGAGCGCUCUCAGGCGAAUGGGUGGCGAUUCUAUGCCGCUGACGCGCCAGGCCCCGACUCGGUAUACUUGGACCACAUCGCAGCCGAGGGUGAACAGGGCGGAGGCAAACUCCCCAUUUCAACCAGCCCUAGCGUUGUGAUGAUGGGUAGCGAGGGCUCCGGGCUAAGCUCACACAUCAAAUCACACGCUAAUGCAACGGUCAGCAUUCCUGGCGCUCGUCACAGCCCAGGUCUGGGCGUUGCAUCGGACCCUGCCCGCAUUGACAGUCUCAACGUCAGUGUGGCGGCUGCACUAUUGAUGGAGAAAUUCCUUCGAACUCCCCUUGCUAUGGCUGAGACGGCUAGCAAGAAGAAGACAAAGAGCAAGUCGGAGAGAAAGUCGGAAAGCAAGUCGGAGAAGAUGUGGUGA